AUGUUUGGAAGUCGAGGCGUUACCCUCGGCGUCAUGACACUCAUCAACGCCAUGGCCGCUACAGCCCAAAACAUGUCGUUCGGAGCCGACAACUUCUACCGCAGCGAGAGUGUCCAGGUCCAGCCCGUCAUGUUCCCAACCCAGUACCGCACCAACGUCACGGGCAAUCUCUUCUACCCGCGCAACUUGAGCCGUAGCGAGGAGACGCCCGCCAUUAUCGUCGGCCACCCGAUGGGCGCCGUCAAGGAGCAGAGCGCCAACCUCUACGCUACUAAGCUCGCCGAGCAAGGCUUCGUUACCCUCUCCAUCGACCUCCCUCACUGGGGCGGCAGUGAUGGUGAGCCCCGUAACGCUGUCUCAGCCGAAUACUACGCGGAGGCAUUCAGCGCCGCCGUCGACUACCUCGGCACCCGCGGCUAUGUCGACCGUGAGCGCAUCGGCGGUGUUGGCAUCUGUGGCAGCGGCUCGUUCCUCAUCAGCGCCGCAAAGAUCGACUCUCGUAUCAAGGCCAUUGCCACUGCGAGCAUGUAUGACAUGGGCACCGUCACCCGCAGCGGCCUCCAACGAUCACAGACGCUCGCCCAGCGCAAGGAGCUCAUUGACGCGGCCGUCGAGCAGCGCUGGAACGAGACCGACGGCGCAGAGCCCGAGUUGAUCGGCGGCACUGUAGACAGGCGCGAGGACGCUACGGAUCCUAUUCAACAAGAGUUCUACGACUACUACCGCACCACCCGCGGCGAGUUUACGCCCCCCGGUGCUCUGCCCAACACCACGACUCACCCGACGCGAACGAGCCAAGUCAAGUUCCUCAACUUCUACCCCUUCAACGAUAUCGACACCAUCUCGCCCCGUCCCAUGCUCUUCAUCUCAGGCGACCAAGCUCACUCGCGCGAGUUCAGCCAGGAUGCCUACACGCGUGCUGCCGAGCCCAAGGAGCUGAUCUGGAUCCCGGGUGCCGGCCACGUCGAUCUCUACGACCGUGUGGAGCUCAUUCCCUUUGCUAGACUUACUGCCUUCUUCAAGAGAAACUUGUAA